AUGAGCAUGAUGACAGUGAGGACCUUUUCCCUCAUGGUGCAGUUCCCCCUGGAGGGCUGCGUGGUGAUGCGGAGUCUCUUCUGGGCCCUGGAGUACCACCUGAUGGUGCCGAUCUUCAGCGUGAAGUGCUUCCUGAUGGUGUGGAUGUUGGUGGGGUGCUGCCUGGAGUUGCGGAUCUUCCUGGUGAGGUGCUCCCUGGAGGGCUGCAUGGAGAUGCUGAUCUUCUUGGUGAAGGGCUUCCUGGAGGAGUGGAGCUACCUGGUGGUGCGGAGCUUCAGCGAGAGGUACUCUCUGGAGGGCUUCAUGGUGGUGCUGAUCCUCUGGGAGAAGUGCUUCCGGUGGGAGUGGAGCUACAUGGUGAUGCGGAUCUUCAGCGUGACUUGCUUCCUGAUGGAGGUGAUGUUGGUGGGGUGUUACCUGGAGGUGCGGAUCUUCCUGGCGAAGUGCUCCCUGGAGGGCUUCAUGGUGGUGCGGAUCUUCUUGGUGAAGGGCUUCCUGAAAGAGCUGAGGGUUGUGGAGUGCCUCCUGGCGGUGCGGAUCUCCAUGGAGAUGUGCCAGCUGGCGCCCCUAACGCUGCAGGUGGAGACGUUGAGGCUUUACUUGCGGAGCUUCUCAAGCCCUUGGCGGACGCGCAAAAGAACUUCCAGAAUACGCUCGAGCUGUGUUUCGGUUCGCAGGUGCUGUCCUCUGGUGCUGGCGCAGCCCCCGCGCGGAUUAUACGUGAGAUUGUAUGGCAUGGGGAGGAGUUCGUGA